UUUUGGUUUUUCUUACUUUCAAUUGGAAAAGGAUAUCUAUUUUUUAAGCAUAUAAACCGAAAUAUACAUCAGCAAAAUCAAUUUGCAAUCCAAAUAAUUGAAUAAUUGCGGGUGGAGGCGAAAUAAUCCACAAGUUCAGAAUUUUCAACAAGCUGUAAUGGCACUUGAAUGCUUCACAUGGAUUACAGGACUGUUGGGUUCACUGUUUCUUACAAUAAGAGUUGAUGAUGGUGAAACUUUUGAACGUUUGCCUGAUUGUCUUAUCAUUGAUAUUCUGAGUAGGCUGCCGGCACAUUCUUUUAUUAGAUGUCGAUGGGUUUGCAGGCGUUGGAGAGCUUUGGUCUCAUCACAUGACUAUUUUACCACCUUACAUGAUGAUCUUUCUAGAGCUAGUAGACCCAUGGUUCUCAUACAGGAUCAUUUUGCCAGGAACGGGCGGGAUCUUUAUGUUUUUGGUGAAAACAAGAAGAAGAAGAAGAAGAAGAAGAAGAAGGCCGCCUUCAAGAAACUUCAUCUCAGAUCUGAGCUUAUGAUUAAUAAGUACUGGGAACACCCCUUUCUUUUAUACUCUUGUCAAGGAGUUCUUCUGUUUGCUUCCUCAAGGUGGCAGUCUACUUAUUAUGUUCUCAAUCCGAUAACGCAGGAGGAAGUAACUAUACAACAUACACUUCACCCCGGCUUCUUAUGUGCUCUGUACUUUUGUCCUUACACAAGACAAUUCAGAAUUCUUUACGUGCAAGUGCGAGGCAGUUUUUGUCAGUAUUUCGUAUAUAUUUUCCGGACACAAACGUGGAGGAAAAUCCGUUCGUCCUCUUUCAACUUUUUGCCAUCUGGUGUCAAUUCGGCAGUUGUUAAUGGAGCAUUGCAUUGGGUCAUGCACCACGAUAUAGAAAGAAAAAAUACUCCUUGUGAAAACGGAAUCAUGGUUUUUAGAAUGAAUAAGGAAGAACUCUCUGCUAUGCCUCAUCCUGGAAGUACUGUGUGCAACUCAAAGCGAGCGCAUCGAACUAUGACUCUUUUUGUGAAGGAUGAUUGUUUGUCUUUUUGUAACUUGCUUUUCCCUGAGUAUGCUGUCGAUAUAUGGAUUUUGGAAGACUAUGAGACGCGAGCGUGGAUCAAAAGGUACAAGGUUAAUCUCUCUGAUAGGAGAAUUUUCCCUUUUAGUUUGUGUUUCAUGGAAAUUCCAUCGCUUGCUGACGACAAAUCUGGGCGGAUAAAGCUUCUGAACAUCCAAGAAGGUGAACUUUUGCUUCUCGUGUGGAACGAAGGGUUAUUUCUAUACAAUUUAGAUCAUAGAACUAUGAAGAGAAUUGAAUUGCCACGGCAGGAAAUGAAGUCAUAUUGUACUUGUAGGCCUUAUAUGAAGAGUUUCCUGGCAAUAGCCUAAAUACUUUCCAUGUUCUUAUUAUUAACCUUUCUAAUAUAUAUAUAUAUAUAUAUAUAUAUAUUUUUUUUUU